AUGUCUUCUCAUAUCUGGCUUCGCGCAGAGACAAAGCCCGCCGAGGCGCGGUCUGCUCUGACCCCGACUACUACGAAGGCGCUCCUUGAUGCUGGUUACAAGGUGACAGUCGAACGCUCUACCCAGCGUAUCUUUGACGAUGAGGAAUUCGCCAAGGUUGGAGCUCCCUUGGUCGAAGAAGGUUCCUGGGUGAAGGAUGCCCCUAAGGAUGCCUACAUUCUGGGUCUCAAGGAGCUUCCUGAAGAUGACUUCCCUCUCGAACAUGUUCACAUCUCUUUCGCGCAUUGCUACAAGCAGCAGGGUGGCUGGGAGAAGGUCCUCAGCCGAUGGCCCCGUGGAGGCGGUACCCUCUUGGAUCUUGAGUUCCUCACGGAUGAUGUCGGACGCAGAGUGGCUGCUUUCGGCUACUCGGCUGGCUACGCAGGCUCCGCUUUGGCUGUGAAGAACUGGGCUCGGCAACUGACGCACCAGGGCGAGCCUCUACCGGGCGAGGUCCCUUACGCCAACCAACAACUUUUGAUUGAGUCGGUGAAGGAGUCCGUUGAGGCCGGCAAGAAACAAUCUGGCCGGUCCCCCAAGGUCCUGGUGAUCGGAGCUCUUGGACGCUGCGGUAAGGGUGCCGUGCAGCUCGCCAAGGAUGUCGGUAUUCCGGAAUCCGACAUCCUGCAAUGGGAUAUUGAAGAGACCAAGAAGGGCGGGCCCUUCAAGGAGAUCGUUGAGGACGUCGACAUUUUCGUCAACUGCAUUUACCUUUCUGCUAAGAUUCCUCCGUUCGUCAACGUGGAAACUCUUGCUUCGCCUAACCGCCGCCUGUCUGUCAUCUGCGACGUCAGCGCCGACACCACCAACCCUCACAACCCCAUCCCCGUGUACGAUAUCACCACCACAUUCGACAAGCCCACCGUGCCCGUCACCUUGCCGGCAGGCACCCAGGGCCCUCCCCUGAGCGUCAUCAGCAUCGACCACCUGCCCUCGCUCCUGCCCCGCGAAAGUUCCGAGAUGUUCAGCGAGGCUCUGUUGCCCAGUCUUUUGCAGCUGAAGGACCGAUCUAAUGCCCGUGUCUGGAAGCAGGCGGAGGAUCUGUUCAAGGAGAAGGUUGCUACUUUGCCAUGA